AUGUUCAACGUUAAGCAUAGGCUUCAUCGCAUAUAUGAGUCAUUUUUACACAAUGACCAAUUCAUUGAUACGAUUCUAGUAUCACCAGAUAACGCAGAAAUCUCAAGUCAUAAAAUUUUAUUAUCCAAAGAGAGUAAAUGGUUCUUUGAAUAUUUCCAGGCCAACCCAUCAAAUGAAAAAGUCCAGAUCGUUCACUUGCCAUUCAAUCCUGACAAUAUUUUUACAGAUAUUAUUCAAUUUAUCUAUUCAGAGAGAUUAACAAUCACAACCAAGAACAUGGCUCAGCUCUACGCAUGUGCCACUUAUUAUAAAUUUGAAAAACUUCGAUUUAUCGUCUCUCGUCUCUUUGAAAAGUCACUUUGUGUCGAAAAUUCAUUAUUCCUCUGCUCCAAUUUAAUUAAGUUCGGUAUGGAUGAAGGAGCAGUUAAAAUAGCCCCUAUAUUCGCAAACGAAUUCAGCAAAAAUCUUAAAGGAGAAGAAAGUUUGUUAUCUAUACAACAAAUUUUUGAUUGCUGCAGUCCACGCGUACUUGCCGAGAUACUUAAAGAUCCCUGCCUCGAUUUCGUCACCAGGAAUCAAAAAGUUCAGUUGAUUGAUCAGUUUUGUACGAAUGAUCUUGUUCUUGACGACCAGAACAAGGAAUACUUAGCUUCUGUUAUCGACUGGACCCUCAAAGAUUCAUACAAAAUAUACUUAUCAAGCCAAUGUGACUGGCUUCCAUCAAAAAUACAAAGAUUUAUACUUUCUGAUGCUUUCAAUGCAAGAAAGAACACUCUCAAGUCAUUGUCAUCAACAUCCAAUCAUACUCCACGCAAAUUCGGUAACUGGUACUUACUUUCCUGGCUCACAGCUUUAUCUAAGGGAGAAGUAUCUGAAAAACCACCAGAAGUUGAAGCAAUUAAGUUCAUGACUACAUUGGGAAUCAGUGAUACCCGUUAUGACCCAGAAUUGUUCACUCUUAUUCGAUCAAAAUCUUCGGAGCUCCUGGAUCAAGAUUUUUCACCUUCCAAGCUCUUCACAGAUACAGGCUACUUCUGUAGCAUAUCUACAGAAGAGACUCCUUACUUAGAAAUCGAUUUUGGAGCUCAUGCCGGAAUUAUUACCUCAGAAAUCGGAAUUUCUUGUGAACUGACCAACGAUUCAGACAUACCAAAGCCUGUUCCCAAGAAGUUGGUCGUAAAAGGCUUCGUUGAAGGAAAUGAUCAAUGUUUGUACGAAAAAGUCUUCAGAUACGCAAAACACGAGGCCAAGGAUGGUAUAAAGACAUUCCCUCUUGUAUGCGAUGUACCAAUCAGAAAGAUCCGCAUUUCUGUUCCUGAUGUUUCUGCAUUUGGUUUCGAAAUUCUCAGAAUUACAAAAUUAACACUUACUUGUUCUUUUAUUCCUGCUUGA